AUGGCUAAUGCUGAUGUGGAUUGGAAUACGGUUAACGCUAUCAUCACUGCAUACCAAAAAAAAAAACCCAUUGAAGACAAUCUAUUAUCUUCUACCUCCACGAUUAACUGCUUGCUACACCUGGACAAUGAACUUCGAGCUAUUGUUCGUGAGCUGUGCUAUGGGAUGAACCUUAAUGCGGCCGAAGCAAUGCUUGAGCAACAGUUAGUGGGGUUGGGAUAUGAUGAUAAGUUCAGAAACAACAUUCAAAUUCAGCUAGAAGAACAACAACAGGUUCAAUUUUUUAUGGCUCUUCGUGAUGAGCUUGAGGGACUUCGUGGGACAAUUUUGCAUUGUAGACCGCUUUCUUCUAUUGAUUCAGUGGUUAGUGAGUUGUUAGCAGAGGAGAUACGUCUUAAAACUCAAACGCAAAAAGGAAUUCUUCCCACACCUAUUCCUUCUGUUUUGGCCGUACCAUCUAGGCCAUCCUCCAAUUAUCAAAGUAAGCCCAAUUUGAAGAGGACACCUACCACCACAACACCAUCCUCUUCAGGGAAAUUGGCAAAUCAACGACCUUAUAAGUCUUCUCAGCCUAAAACUGCAGUAGUUGUAUCGUCAUCAGACUCAUUUGGUUUUGGCAUCACGCCAUCUCCCAAUUCCUCAAUAGCCGCAUUUGCUGAGCAGUUUCAAAAGUUUCUUGCCACACAACCGCAUGCUAUGUCUGCCGCGUCUCCUACAGGUUUGUCAAGUUCUUCAGGUAUGCCUUCUACCAUGUGGGUAUUAGACUCUGGAGCUUCUCAUCAUAUGUCACCUGAUCCCUCAUCUUUUACUUCAUUAUGCCCUAAAUCAUUUGUGUUUGUCAUGACUGCUGAUGGCACUCCUAUGCCUUUAGUAGGUGUUAGUUCAAUUGUCACGCAAAAUAUAUCUCUUCUUAAUGUUUACCACAUUGCUAAACUUACAAUGAAUCUUGUUUCUAUUGGCCAAUUAUGUGUGACUGGUUACUUAGUCCUUUUUUCUUCAAGUUCUUGUCAUGUGCAGGAUCUACAAUCCCAAAAGCUGAUUGGGACAUGCCGUAGGCAGAGGGGAUUAUAUGUUUUGGAUACGCUAAAAGCACCAGAUAUUGCAGCUUCUAGUAUUGACUUGUCAUCUUUUCGCUUAAGUAGUUCUUCUUCUAGUUUUUAUUUAUGGCACUCUUGUCUUGGUCAUGUUUUGGCCUCUCGUUUAAGUUCUUUUUGGGGAGAAACAGUUCUUACAAUAGUCCAUCUAAUUAAAAAGAUCCCAUCAUCUAACACUUCAGGUUAUGGUGAUGGUAAAAAAGGAUACCGUUGCUUUGAUCUAAUUGCACAAAAAUUGUAUGUAUCUCAUUAUGUUGUGUUUCUUGAGCACAUACUUUUCUUUUCUAUUUCUGAUAGCUCUCUUAAUCUGACUAAGUCUCAUCUCAUUCAUAUUGAUCCCUUUUAUGAUGAUGAAGAUAGUUCAUCCUUUAAGGUUCCACAUGCAAUAAAUACAACCCCACCUCGUGUUUCCUACUCUCAUGUUCCAAUUACCCAUUUUCCUCUUCAUUAUUCUUGCAAGGUUCACCCUAGUUUUCCUGUAGAUACUGGUACUUUGGUCCCUGAUGCUCCCUCUCUCCGUACAACCACUUAA